AUGGAGAGAGCUCGGCUCCGCUCUCAAGCCCUUCGUUCCCGCUAUGGUCUCCCAGAAAGACCGCGAGUCAAACCUAGAACCCAACCUCGAGUCGAACCUGCUUCCACUUCUUCUGUUCCGACCACCCGUCCCACCCGUUUCACCGAGCGCAUCCGCAUUCUUGCCGAAGAAGCAGCCGCUCGUUCUGCCAACCGGCGCGCUACUCUUUCGAAACUCGCUGCCUUCGACGAAGUUGUCGCCCGUGUCAGAGCACGAAAACAGUCGACGCCUUCCGCUCCUCCUGUCAACGUAGUUCGUCGUGUCACUCGCUCAGAGCAAGCUCGACUUUCCGCUCCUUCAGUCUUUGACCGCAUCUCCGACCUUCGCGCUGCCCAGGCCGAGCGACGCCGUUGGAUCGAUGAGAUGAUCACUCAGCAAGAAGCACGUGCUUCGACUCGGGCCACUAGUUCCGCCGCCAUCGAGCAAUUCCGAGCCAAGCGUCAGGCACGACUCGCCAACCGAUCCCGCGAGGGACACCUGGCGUCACCUCACACGGCCCCGACAAACAGCACCCAAAGCACAGCGAUGCCCGCUGCAGACCUGAUACGUACUCAACGUUCGACUCCGUCAGCCGACCGAUUCCGCAAAGAUAAGCCAGCGAAGCGUGUUCGUUUCGGAGAUGUUACGGUACAGCCUGUAUCUCGCUGGAUCGUGCCGACGAGGCACGUUUUCAAACGUCGUUCCUAG